GUUUUUUUCUUAUAGACGCUGAGUGGUAAAAAUUUUGUAGAAUAAAAAGAAAAUUUGUGUUAAAACAAAAAACAAAAAAAAGAAACAAAAACUAAAUGAUUAACACAUAAAUGAGCAACUUACAAAUACAUACCUACUGAAAUAUAAGUAAAUGUUUAUAUGUACACUAACACAACGAAAAAUUGGCAUAAACAAAACGUUCUACGUGAAAUCGUAAUUAAAUUUUUGCGGUUAAUUUGAAGAUUUAUUUAAAAGGAAACAUCGCGUAAUUAAGAACAUUCAGUUGUGAACGAGCUGGCGCGCAGUCAAGUGUAUUGAAGAAAUAGAUAUUUGGCAUAUUUUUUUUUGGAAGAUUGUGAACUCAAGAAAACUGUUAUUUUAAAUAAAUUCACCCUGCAAAUAAAAGUGAAUCGAUCAGACCGCGAACAACAGCGAUCAGUAGUGUCAAGUGCAUUUAUUUUGGUGCAAUAAAGUGCUGCCCAAGAUACACAUCUGCUUUUAGUGCGAAUAAGCUGUAACUUUUAUUUCGAAAAUUUGUUUUGACACAAAACCCUCGUAGCAACAAAAGAAAGUAGCAUGUCCUGCAAAGUGUUUUCAUAUCUGCUGAGUGUUCUACUGAUCGCACAGAUACCCAUAAAUGGCAUCAGUGCCGGUACGGAUGACAACGAAAUCUACAAUUUGCCUGAAUACUAUUUGCUGCAAGGUGUCAAAGUCUAUCCCGGGGACCGUGAGUGCGCCAUGGUUGGUGGCUUAUGUGUGCACACCAGCGACUGUUUGGAACCGACUACGAAUCGCGGACUUUGCCCAUCGCACACACAUCGUGGCGUGGAGUGUUGUUACGAAUUGCCACUGAGGCCCGCACCGUGUGAAGAGCAUUUGGGCGCCUGCAUGGAUAGAUGUAAUGAGAACCUACAACGGCCGGGCAUCGAUUGUCCAGGCGGACAGGUUUGCUGUGUCUUAGUCUAAGCCUCUACAAAGAGUUGACGCUUCUUCUUUCGGACGUGUGCACAUACAUAUUAAUAAUAUUGAUAUAAUUAUAUAAAAGAGAGAUAUAACUUAGAUAUGUAUGUAUAUA